CCAGCAAGAGGCGGGGAAGACGCUCGCGCUUCUGCCAGCGACUCAUGCAUAUGACGAUUGCAAAGACCUCAAAGAGGAAUCAUCACUGACAUAAUUUUAGCAGCAAACGCAAGACAAGAAACGAGCUGAGGUGGAAAAAAAACAUGAAAUGAUAUUCUCAAAGCACCAUUAUUACAAAGACUUUGAAGAAAAUAAAGUGAGAAGAAAGAAAGGUUUUUAAUCAAUGGCCUCAGGCUUGUGUCUUUGAAAACGCCCAAAAAGACAGUCCAAAAUGAGCAUUCCAACUAGUUUAACGGGACUUGGUGUUAAUGUUGACAGAGCAGCGGACAAAGUCACAAACAAAGCUCGGAUUCAGUUCUCCCACACUGGGGAUGACAACGACAAUCGAUUGCCUUCUUUAAGUGAUGACAGAGGACAGUUAGAGGACACAGGGUACAAUAUGACCCCCCUCCCACCUUUGGUAUGUCAAAGUGAGUCCCAUGACAAGAUGAUGAUCUGGGGUUCUGAGCAGCAAUGCUCCCAUCCUGGGCUCAGAGAGAUAGAGCUUGUGGAAUGUCAGGAUAUACACAGGUUUCUGAGAAGCCCAGAGGAGGAGGACGACGAGGAGGAUGAGGGGGAGAGCACAAAAGACGGCAAAGACGAGGGGCCAAUGUCAAUAUCCUCCAGUUCGACUGCCAGUUCUGCUUCCAUUGGGCUGAAAAGGAACGACAACGACAGCAACAAGGUGGAGAACAGAGCGCACAGAGACAAAGAGGUGAAAGGAAAGAUUACCUGUAGUACAGAAGAACUGGACACUUGUAUGACAGGUUUAAACGAUGAAAUAAACACCAAGACAGGUGGAGGAGGGCUCAAGCAGUCCAAGUCUGAGACAAAUGUGUUUGUGUCAAAUCUAUCUACCCUUAAACUCAGUGGAAGUCUGUCCAGCACCCUGGAUUCUCAUAGAGACGCUUUAAUUUGUCUGCCCAACUCCAAGACCAACCCCUAUUUGAAUGCCAACGACGCUACCUCAGCCCAGAGUUUGAGAAGGGCAGCUCCUUCAGACCACAAUCCUCCAGUGUUGUAUCAUCAAAAAAGAUACGAGGAAGAGAGAAUCCAGUUCAGAAAUGGAUCUUCUUCUGAAGGAGGUCUGGGCCAAAGAAGGAGGACCAGUUUUGACGAAAGGGUGCUACCACCGAAGCGGCAACAGCUUGUUCGACCUCUCUGUCAGACAGAGAUGGGAAGAGUCUCAAGCUUAGAGACUGGUGCACAAGAUGCUGAAAUUGGACAAUUUCCCUCUAACAAUACUGCCGCAGUUUCACCCAGUCACACUGACAACGGGUCAAAUAGAAAACUUGCAAGAUCAUCUUUACGUGAACCCUCAGAUUUUUCACAUCUGUACAAUGCAUGUGGAGUCUUACAACCCAGACAACCCAACCGGACAGUGCAGAAGGAGGUGUCGCCGGUGGAGAAGCCGCCAGGGCCAUCUGCAGAGUCUACUUCAAAUCCCUGCAAGCCAUACACUAUGGAGAAGCGACCCCAGACUCAGUUCACCUACAGACGUAACUGUUCUAGUCCCAAAAGGACAUUCACACCUCCCCAAUCCCCUCUCAGGACACCCCAGGGCUCACCACAUAGACAAGCCUCAAUGUAUCUCAUAUCUAAGGAUACACAAAGAGGAGUUCAAAGCAGCCCUACUAUAAAGACACCAGCUCAGGACAAUGAAAGCGUUUCAGUGAGAGCACCAGUUAUAACCAACAUAACCCCGACUGGAAUCCCCAAAGCGCCUCUUAACAACCAGCACAGAAACUUUAACUCAAGCCAUAACUCAAGCCCCAAAGAGAGGUCUCCUUCACUUAAACCUAAAGGAGUUCGCCCCAAAAUCAUUACCUACGUCCGGAAAAAUCCUCAGUUCAAGCCUCAAGCUGCUGACGGACAUUAUCAGGUAUCUUCUCUACCAGCAAGGAUAUCAGCAUAUCCACAUGGUGCAACACUCGGUUCCUUCAAAGACACACCUAUAGACCUCUCUAAGCUUGACAAAGAAACCAGAGGGGUACCAGUGCUCAGUGCCUCCAAUUUGCUUUAUGACAAGUACCGCAAGGAGAUGCAAACCAACAUAUUCCCGUCAGGAUUAAUAAGUAGGAGUAUCCAUGCCCCUGGUCAUACAAACACUGUUACACAUACACACCCGCACAGCUAUACAGCACCUCCAAAGCUUGGCAGCAAAGCAGGGGACUUCUAUGGAGCUCAGCCCAAGGUCGGGAGAUCUACCAGUUUUAAAGAGACUUCUGCAGAGGACCCACUGCAGAUCCGGACAGCUGCUCAGGCUGGAGGCAGUGGCAGUCUCUUGCGCUGUGGCCGAGGAAUGCGUUUAGGUCUGGGAGCGGUCACAAGGACAGCUUCAGGCACAGUCAAAGGCAAAGAACCUGGCCAAAGUCAGAGGUCGGCAAUCAGCCAACCAAUCCAACCGGUCAUCCCAGCAGCUGGCCAGAAAUGCCAAGAUACCGCAGCUGAGGAUGAGGUUUUCACCUAUCAUCCACCUGCCCCUGAAGCACCGGCAUCAGCGCAGGAGCAGGCUGUGACUUCCAGCAGGUCUCUACUUCCUAAAGCAGCAAACCAGUCAGGCCUACGUCCGCCUGGCUUCAGCUCCACCCGUCUGCCCGUGGGCCGCCUGGCAGCGUUUGGCUUUGUCAGGAGUUCUAGUGUGUCCUCCGUCUCCUCCGUUCGCUCUGCUGACAGUGCACGGAGCGACCCAGGCAGGACGGUUCACUGUCUUAGUGUGAGCGAGGAGCCACCUCUGCACAGAGUGACCGGCAGCCCUCCCUCCACGGACCACCAGAGAAGUGUGCCGUGUCGCAGCAACAGCCUUCAGCCGCCGUCCACCCCAGCGCUGCCACGCCGAUACCUGCCCGCCCAGCCAAGAAGCUCUCCUGGAGUUGGCAGGAAGGAGUUUCAACGGAGUUCGGAGGUCACGCGCUCACUUCCAUCCUCCCCGAAAAGGCUGGCAGUGGUUCCUCCCAAACCUCAGUCCCCAGUUCAAUCAGGGCAGCGACCAACAGGAGGGCCGACUCCUCAGUCAGCAGGCCCCGCUGGUUCCCCUAGCCGCGUGCCCCCCUUGAAGCUGCAGCAAGAGAAGGACGCAUCCCAGCAGGCAGAUGAAGCGAGGAAAGCAGAGGAGAGGGAAAAAGAGGAACAACGGGAAGAGGUGGCGAGGCUGCGAGGACGCUGUGAGGAGCAGGAGAGGCAGCUGAGAGCCCUCAAAGAAGAACUGAGGAAGACCUCUUUGGGUCUAGAAGUCUUCAUCGUCACUACUCAACAUUAUUUCUUGAAGAAUAAAACUGCAGAAGAUAGUGAAACUAAAUUGUUUUUGGAAAUACAAACGAUAAAAGAACAACUAGUGUCCAACUCCACACACUGGGAGAGACUCAAGGUGGAAAAGUCUGAGGUGGAAGCGGCAUUCGAGCAAGAGAUGCAAGAGCUGCAGAAGAAGCAGGACGCCGAGAUGGCCACCAUGGAGGAGAGCCUUCGGAAGUGUCACUCGGUGGAGACAGAAAACCUGAAGGCUGAGCAUCAGUCGGAAAUGGAGGAGCUGAGGACCCAGCAGCAAGAGCAGGUGGAGGAGAUGACAGCCCACCACCAGGCAGCUAUUCAGGAGCUCAGGGACAUGCAUAAUAUAACCAUGGCAACGCUGCAUGAGGAGCACGCCCGAACCAUGAGAGACUUAAGGAAAGCUCACGAACAACAGAAGAUUCUCCUGGAGGAGGAUUUUGAGAAACUAAGGCUAUCUCUACAGGACCAAGUGGAUACACUCACAUUUCAAAACCACAGUUUGCGGGACAAAGCCAAGCGCUUUGAAGAGGCUUUGAGGAAGAGUACGGAUGAACAGAUAGUUGAUGCCUUAGCUCCAUACCAGCACAUUGACAAGGAUCUGAAGAGCUUAAAGGAAGUUGUGGAAAUGAAAAACCAGCAAAUACACCAGCAAGAUCUAAAGAUCUCCGACCUCGAGAAAGUGCAGGCUAAAAAGAAUGUAUACCUGGAGGAGAAGGUCCAGGUCCUGCAGCAGCAAAAUGAAGAUCUGAAGGCCCGUAUCGAAAUGAACCUCACAUUAUCAAGGCAACUGUCAGAGGAGAACGCCAACCUCCAAGAAUCCGUCGAAAAAGAGAGCACAGAGAAGAAGCGACUCAGUCGGAACAACGAGGAGCUGCUGUGGCGUCUCCAGACCAGCCCUGUGAUGUCUCCCUCGUCCUCCCCCCUGCACUGCUCCUUCUCCACCUCCCCUAUCCCGUCAUCCCCGUUGUUCUCGUCCUCCCCUGUUCCUCCGGUGGGAUGCCACUCCCCCACCCACUGCCAGGGCUGCCCCCUGCAGUCGCAGUCGUCGUCCCCAUUCCAUACAGCCAAUCACAAUUACUCCCCUGGCCCGGCCACACCCACUCACAGAGCGGCAACUAAUCAUAAUUACUCCCCUGGACCGGCGACACCCAAUCACAGGGUAGCAGCAACCAAUCAGAAUUGCUCCCCUGGUCCAUGCACACCCACUCAUAGGGCAACAGCCAAUCGCAAUUCGGCAGCUUUUCUCACUUUGCAGAGAUAAAAACGUAAGACCUCUUUCUACUGUUUUUUUAUUUAAAUUUUUAUAUACUUUAUUGAUGACUUCUCAUCCCUUACUGAAUGUGAAUGACGUGUCAUAAAGUCAUAUUAAAUAUACACAGUAUAAUGUAAUUUAGCGACACAAACAGUGUGAGCAUGAAGUCACUUACAGAGACAGAAAGCACGAGAAUAAAAUCCUUGCUUUUGUGUUCAGAAGACUCAAAUGACCACGUUACCUACGCUCCCACUGGGAUUAGUUUGUAAACUGUGUUUUAUAAAAGAUACAUCCCCCCCGAACAAAGCGCCUCACUUCUGUCAUCUCACCAACAGAUGUACCCCAAUUUUUAUGAGGGAUUUGUCAUUUUUAACUGGGUUAUAAUCUAGAAUUUAAAUAAAAAACACUAAACAAAACACUGAGGGGGAACCUACAACAGCAGUUUACUAUGUGAUUGCGUUUACUUGACUUAUUUGUUUUGCUACUGAAGCAUGCAUGCACUGUGAAUGUCUUCCAGUCCUAUUAUCGCUGUGGGUUGUUUUUUUAUUCAGCUCUUUAUGAUGGAAAUAGACGGUAGAGAGGACAGUCUUGUGAUUUAAGGGCCUAUAAGCUAUUUACAGUAACUCACAAAAGUGAAUACACUCUUCACAUUUCAAGGGACAAUUCUAAAGAACUCAAACUUGGAUGUAAUUUAAAGAAAUUAGUGUACAGAGUCAUGUUCCGUCAACGUACUGCAGCUCCCCCUUGCAGGUAGCACUCAUGCAGCCCCAGACCAUGACAAUCCCUGCGGAUAGUGCCAUCAAACUUCUUUCUCAUGAAGUUAUUAUUGCAAAUAUGCAAAGGAGCAAAUUUAGUGUAAUCUAAUCUAUUGUAAUACUCUAAAGCAGUGCCAAAUCCGAGCCUGGGAACGACACCAAACCGAAGUUCAGUUCAAUACUUGGCAGCAAAUCCCUACAAACCCUAGAGUGCUCCUGUUGUAUAGAAGAACUUGGACCACCGUAAACACAUUGGAGCAUUGUGCAUCGACAUCUCAACCUCGUUAGCGAACCUAGAACAUUUGGGUUAUUAUAUGUGGCCCCAUAAACUAUUUAGUUGAAUAUCCCUGCUUUACGUAGAGUUAGGACCAUGGGCCUCAAACUCAAGGAACGCAGUCCGAUAUUUUGUGGCGCUCUACUUAAUUUAAUAGGUUAUUGAAAUUGUGGCCCACGUUAAAUGUAUUACAUCAAUAAUGGUGCAGACACAAAAAUUACAGCAAAACAAACACAAAGAGCAACUUCUAGUAAGAAAGCGUAAGUGUCUCUGAUAAUCUCCUGGGGAACUCAACCGUGUCAACAUAUACCAUUUUUACAUUACAUUUUAAAUUUGUACUAACUUAAGGCCUACAAUAGAUCAGGGUCACAAUAGCUGCUGGUAGAAGUAGUUAACACAUUUAGUCACAUGAUUAAAACAAGAUUCGGAAGUGAUUACUUUGUGCAGCUCAGCCUCGCCCAGACUCUACCUCCAGCAGCCCGCAGUUUAAAUUUAGUUUUAGACCUCUGGUCUAGAGUAUAUCCAAGUUUAAUUUCUAUAUUAUUGUGUCUUGAGAAGCUAUUCUGUAUAAUAAUGCUUGCUGAAAUGUGAAGGAUCCACUCACUAUUGGGUGAUACAGUAACUUAAAAAAGGGUAACAUUUGUUAACCUUUACCUCUUAAUAAAAUAUACAGCAUUUUAAAAUCGUUCUAAAAUAACAGUUUAGUUAAAAUGUAUUUCUUAUUGAUAUAUUGUUUGUUUGUGCGAUUAAAACUAUUCCAUAUAACAUUCAGGGAAUUGCUUUUUCAAAUGUAACAAUAUUUUAUUUGCAGAACUCACUCUCAGUUUUCGUCUGCUAUAUAAAAAGCAAUAGAUUAGAAACCAACAAAUAUUGUAAUGUACUCACACUUUGGCCUCAGGGUCUGCAUGGAGCUGCUUUGACCACGUGGACAUCCUGAUUUCCAGUCGGUUUACGUGGAUGGUGUCCUGAUAAAGAACGUAAUUGCAUGAAAACAAGCAAAUGUAAAUAAAUAUUGUCAGACGAAAGGUUAUGUUGUACAGUUAGACACUAUCAGCGAGAGAGACAGAGGAAGGAGGCAAUAUACUGUGGGGGUUCUGUUACGGCAUUUAGCAACAUAAAGUUAUUUUCAAGUUGCACUUUUUUCCUCAGAAACUUUCGAGUUGAUGCUAAUAACCAGCACUUUUGAUGAAGGCUAUGAUAAGCAAAUUACAUGGAACUACAAGGUUUUUCUUUAUUCUAUUUCUACGGUUGGUAGACAGGGUUAAACGGUCUUAAACAAAAGGAAUGUCAAGUACAACACAGCAUUUGCAAGUUUGAAGCAAGUUUGAAACAAGUUUCUAUGAUUGUUUUUGAUGAUUUUCAGAAUGUCAAUUGUAAAAAUAAAUAAAAAACAAAAGAAAAAAACUGCCAGUCACUCAGCCAGUCACUCAGUCACUGUGUUUUCAAAUGUUUAGACUUCUACUUCAGGGUCACUUCAGGUGUACACACAGUUUACAAUAUUGCAACAUGAUAAAUAACAGUAUACAGUUACAUUAAUGAAAAUAACACUAAUGCCACACAAAAAUGUGUCCUGUGGACAUCUGUGUCUCGCUCUGCGCUGAAUGUGAAAAAUGUACUGACUGUAUUUUAUAUCAUUCAUGUGAUUUGAUGAAAAAUAAGAGACCUCUUGUAUUGUAGCAAGCAGCCAUUUAAUAUGUCACUAUGUAGCAUUCAGUCCCUACAAAACCACAGGAUAGACAUUGCAAAUAAUGGCGUUACAGCUCCCUUUUUUAAAUUGAAUCUUGUGACACAAGUAACCCCGUUUGGAUUUGGUCCAGAGGGAAUGAAUGUGUUUGUCUUGGCACUGAUUGUACUGUAUGUCUGAAUGUAAAUACAUUUACACAAGUUGUGUCUUAUAGUGCACGGACAAAGUAAUAGAAGCAUGUUUUGUCUUUGCUGUUUCUCAAAUUGCAUUGUGACGGUUAAACAUGUAGUUUGUAAAGUGUGGCAGGCCAACAAGUUUAAGAAAGAUAAAUGACAUGUGUCAGUAAGUUGACAUUUGAUGACAAAUGUAUUCAUCUAGGAAUUGGUGCUGCACCUUCCUCUUGUGUUAGGCUAUAGAGUAGAUUUUCAUCCCAAGUAAUAAAGCCUACUUGA